ACUGAUACUUCUAAUUGCCAUACACGUAAAGUUUCGCUUUUAUGGUUUAGUUCCUGACUCAGAUUUAAUGGAAGUACUGGUUAUUUGUUAGCUAGCUGGUUUGUUGCUUACUAACAAAAUUAAGCGAGCUAAUUAGCUAUACAAUUUAUUUACUGUCCAAACUAGUUAUGGGGUAGGAGCGAAGAUAGCAGAAGUUGUUGUCUGUGUGGUACUGUAAAUCAGUGCAGACAUAAAAAAAAAAGUUUAUCUGACUUCGGUGUUAAACCUUUAGAUCUCCCUGUCGGUAUCCCAAACAUACCAGGACCACUGGCCGGUCUUAUGGAGUGCCCACCCAGCAAGCGCCUCAAGGGGAUGAGCUCCACGGAUCCUUGUAAAGACCCCUUUGGAGAUGACGAUGACUUCACCCAGGACGACCUUGAAGAGAUUGAUAUUAUAGCAUCUCAGGCUAUCACUGGGAACCAACCAGGGCCCAACUCCAGACGGACACUGGCGGAAAUGGGGUCAGUUGGUCCUGGACAAGGGGAGCUGAGGGAGCCUAAAUCAGGAGUCAGGCAACAGUCCUGUGGUCUGGCCAGGGAUCACAUGGUGAGAGACAGGGACAUCCCUGAGCUUCCGUGUAGUAAAACAUUUGGGAACAUUCACCAUUCAAAGGCUGAUCAAGAGCAUUUCCAACUACUGGAAUUCCAACAAGCAGAUCUGAAGAAAAAGCUAAAGGAGGUAGAGGAGGAGAUCCUGAUGAAGAACGGGGAGAUUCAAGUGCUACGUGACUCCCUCCGCUUGGCCCAACAGGAUAAGGAGGUGCAGAGACGGGCCCAGUUGCUCCUUGAGAAGGAGAAGAGAGACGCUCAGAGUGAGAAGGAGAAGGAGCUCGUCAAGAAGGUGCAGUCCCUGCAGUCUGAGCUGCACUUCAAGGAGGCAGAAAUGAAUGAGAUGAAGACUAAGUUACAGAAUACAGAGAGAGGAAGCAAAGGCAUAUCUUUACAUGGCACCAGAAACAGCCCCAGGGCGUCCGGGUCCAGUGCCCUGCCCCCAGGUUUGAGUCCCCGGCAGCCUGGUCCCUCCGCCCUGCUGCCGGCGGCCAAUAGCAGCCCACAGCCCCGGACCCCCCCCGGGGGAACAGCCUUCAUCUCCAAGGAGACAUUUGGAGCCCAGUUACCCUCCAGGUCUACUCCAGGCAGGACGUCGGGCCCAGCACACCUCGGAGACGAUGGUAAACAACAGUCUAGUGGAAGACAAGAAGUGACCCACUCGGACCCGUUCAGUACAUUUCAACCCUCGCAUCAGCAAGGGUCCGUGUUGUUGAGCCUGUUGUUGCAGCUGCCCCUUGACCCCAGCAGUCUGGGUCUGUGUCACCUGCUCUGCAUCAGUCCUGAUGCCCUCCCUGGUCUCCUGACCAACACCUGUCUCAGCUCAGGUUCUUCAGCUGGUUCCAGCUGGUCUUCGGCGGAGCCCAGGGUUGGUUCCCACCACCAGAACAAACAUUGUGGUCAGCAGACACGCUUCAGCCAUUACCAGACCCUAGCCCUGUCUGGCCUCAACAUGAUGGCCCUGGCCAGCCCCACCCUCAACCCCAACACCGCUCCACCCAGCCCCUGUCUUCGGUCCCUGCCCAAUGCUGAAUGUCACCCGAGUCCAGACCAGGCUUCCCCGGCCCUGAACAACACAACCAAGUCCUGCCCCGGUGCUGUCCACCUCCUCCCUCUCCUGGACUACCACAUUGGCCUGUUCUGCCAGAGCCUGGAGACUAUAGCCAUGGACGGGUCACGGAAGGGUACCCUGGCAGGGGCCGCCUUGUCAGGGUCGGGCUCCUCGGACGGCAGCCUGGCCUCCAGCGUGGAGGAUUCCCUGGGGAGUCAGGAGGAGUUUGCCCUGGCAGCCCUGGCGGUCCUGAAACUCUGUGUGGGCCAGAGCUCUGAGGUGGUCGGUGCUCUGCUGGACUGGUCGGCUGGAGCGGAGGAACAUGUUCCGCAGGGGAACAACAGACCCAGGUCCAUCCUGGCCUCAGGCUUGGCCCCCCUGCUGCCGGACCCCCCAGUCCCACCCAGCACCUCCAGGCCUUCCUCCACCCUAGCAGAUGGGACCAGAGAGGCGUUUCACGACCUCCACCCUCUACUCAGGAAGCUGCUGCACCUGUCUGACCCCUCCUUCUCCACCAGUGCCGUCCAGAGGGAGGUGGUGGUGGCCAGCAGUCUGUCCACGCUCAACAUCCUGCUGGAGAGGGCGCCCAAGACCCAGCUGCCCAGGUUCCGUUGUGUUCUCUCUGGUUCGGCUCUGUCUCGCUGUCUUUCGCUGGCCUCCCACUACCUGGUUCUGUCUCUGUCUGUCUCCUUGCUGGCUGAACUGGCCCACAGUGAGGAGCUGGCUGCUGCACUCUGCUCUCACACAGACUUGUGUGUAUUCCUGCCGGUGUUCCAGUACGUCACCUCCCGGCCAGACAGGACCGUCAAGGACACACACUGGUCUCUUCUGGAGGUGAAGGUAGUGCGUUUCUUGGCCAGCCUGUUUAUUAGGAAAUCUUCCACGUGGAGUGUCUUCGUUGAGUCGUCCUGUCAGUGCCGUGGCGAGUUGGUCCAGACCCUGGUGGUGCUCCUCCACAGGCAGUGGCUGGAGCUCCGGGCUCGACUGGAGGCCAGCAACACGAUGACACAAAACCCAGCCUGGUGCACCGUUCCUGGGGUGGACCUGCUGAGGGAGGCCCUAAUGUUGCUGCACUGGCUCUUCGUCAACAACAGCUGCUUCUCCGACCACUGCCUGCCUGUGCUCCACAUGUACGACCAGAUGAUUCCUGCCAUUAGAGACACGUUCAGAAGGAUCCCAGACCUCUCAGAGAGUGAAGACCUGGCGUUGGAUGAGAUCUGUCGUCCUGACACUGAAGAUACUGAAGACAUGGACAUCGACGCUGGAUCCUGAUAUAUUCACUCUCCGUUAUGGACUGGAAUAGUGCUACGUUGCCCCACGGUUAUGGCGGUGGAACUGUUCCUCGGUCCAUGUAAUAUGCAUCAGGAAGAGUGCAUUGAGGAUAAAAAAAAAAAAACUAAACAGAAUAUUGUUGAUGUUGAAUGUUUUUUCUGAGAAGGGAAUUUCUAUAAUGUGCCUUUUUUUAUUUAUGAGCGUCCACACAUUAAAUGAGGUAAAAGAAUAAAUUGACCUUUCUAGCUCAACAGAUCAUUCAGACUACCCAAAGAGAUGGUCUGCAGUGUCUUCCCAAUUUGUUGGCUGAUCAAUUCCAAUUUACAAUUCCACACCCAACUAGGCUUUUGAAAAAUCAGGUCAGCUCAGGAAGAUGUGAUAGCGCAUAAGACCUAUUAGCAGACAUUUCCAUUUUUACAGGUUGUCUCUUUCCCAAGAGAGACCUGUUCCACGAAUGACUUGUGAUGGAGUGAUCAAGAGCAGGAACCAGGCUAUAGUUAAAAAACAAACACUUGAAUAAAAGAAAAAUCUUUA